AUGGCUGAGGAUAACAAUAACAAUGGCAAUAAUGCUAUUAACCUGGUUCUCGAAGCAAAUAGAGCACUACGGAAUUAUGCUGUUCCUCUUUUGCAAGCAAAAAGCUGGCUUAAUUCACUACCCAAUGGGUUUAUCACUACAUGGGAGGACUUGACUCAAAAUUUUCUCACAAAGUUCUUCUCGCUUGCAAAUACUACAAAUAUGAGGAAUGAUAUCACCUCAUUCACACAAUUUGAUGGUCAGUCCUUGUAUGAAGCUUGGGAGAGGUUUAAAGAACUAUUGAGAAGAUGUCCACAUCAUGGGAUUCUUGAUUGGUUGCAAGUUCAGACAUUCUACAAUGAGCUGAUUGGGUCAAUAAAAACCACAAUAGAUGUUGCUGCUGGUGGGGCAUUAAUAAGUAAGAAUGCUGCGGAUGUUUAUAAUUUGUUGGAAGAGAUGGCCUUAAAUAAUUAUCAAUGGCCUUCAGAAAGGUUAGGUCCAAGAAAAGUUGUUGGAGCUUAUGAAAUUGAUGCACUUGGUACCUUAAUUGCUCAAGUAGCUGCAGAAGUGGCUGCACUUUCUAAAAAGUUUGACACACUGGGAGUUCAUACAGUUCAAAAUUCAUUUACAGUCUGUAAGAUGUGUGGAGAUAGUCAUUCAAGUGAUCAAUGUUCAUACAAUUCUGCAUCAGUCCAUUUUGUGGGGAACUUCAAUAGGCAGCAGAAUAACCCAUAUUCUAAUACAUACAAUUCUGGUUGGAGAAACCACCCCAACUUUUCAUGGAAUAACAAUGCAGGGCCUUCCAAUCCAAACCCAAACAUGCCUCCUGAUUUUCAACAACAAGCUAAACUACCAAUUCUUGAAAAAGAAUCCCAAACGGAAGAAUUUCUCUUGCAAUAUAUAUCAAAGAAUGAUGCCAUAAUUCAAAGCUAUAGUGCAUCCUUGAGAAAUCUUAAGACCCAAGUGGGACAGCUUGCAAAUUCCAUCAACAAUAGGCCUCAAUGUGCCUUACCAAGUGAUACAUAA